AUGGGCCGCAUGUACGGUAACGGCAAGGGUAUGAGCGCCCCGGCGCCGCCCUUCAGGCGUAGGCCCCCCAGCUGGCUCAGGGUGAAACAUCAGGAGGUUGAGGAACACAUUCUCAAGCUCGCGAAGAAGGGCCAAACGCCUUCUCAGAUCGGCGUGACACUGCGGGACCAGUUCGGUAUUCCUCAAGUGAAGAGUGUGACUGGCAGCAAGAUCCUCCGUAUCCUCAAGAACCAAGGCGUUGCCCCCGAGAUUCCGGAGGAUCUGUACUUCCUUAUCAAGAAGGCGGUGGCCAUUCGGAAGCAUCUUGAGAAAAACCGAAAAGAUCGUGAUUCCAAGUUCAGGCUGAUUCUGGUGGAGUCGAAAAUCCACCGGUUGGGUCGCUACUAUCGUCGCACCAAGCAGCUGCCAGCCACAUGGAAGUAUCAGAGCUCAACGGCUUCUGCCUUAGUGGCAUAG